AGGAGCUUCUCCAAGAGCCUGUUGGUGCCGGGCGACAAGGGUUAAACGCGUCGUCAAUCUGCCAUUGGGCGGCGAGACUACGGCGAGCCAGACAUUUGCAAGGAAAGCAGCUGUCGCCUUCACGCAAGAGAUGUUAGACAUCAGUGAACGAAAACAGUGUGGAUUCACCCCAGGACUUGUUGAUCUUUUUCCACGAGCGGCGCGAGAUGUGUAGCCUAUGUCUGAAGAAGAUGAUCGAGCUGCUGUGUCCUGGCUUAUUUAAACUAGCGUCCCUGCGGAUUCGCCCAUUUAAAUGCUUAAUUUCUCACCGCUGUCAGCAAUAAGUCUUCACAAAAUAAGAUGUAGGCUAUGGGCUCCAGCCGACGUUACACUUAACUCUUUAGUUACAAGCCUGAAUAGAAUGAAAAAGCUCGGAGAACCAUUGGUCCUGCCUGUCCCAUGGCCAAAAUCAUAGGGUAGUCUACACCAAAAAACAACAUGGAUAAACCCUCCGCAGGAAUGAGUAAAGUUGGCUCUCGCUCGACGGCCUCUCUGCCCCCGGAGCCUGCGGAAAUAAUCCGGAGCAUGUCGUGCUACCGGCGUGUCAAACUCAACGUAGGGGGUCUGCCGCACGAGGUCCUGUGGAGAACCCUGGACCGACUGCCGCGCACACGACUGGGCAAGUUACGAGACUGCAAAACCCACGAGUCACUCAUGGACAUAUGCGACGACUACAACUUGGACGACAACGAGUACUUUUUUGACCGGCACCCAGGGGCGUUCACGUCUAUUCUGAACUUCUACCGCACUGGGAAGUUGCACAUGAUGGAGGAAAUGUGCGCCCUGUCCUUCAGCCUGGAGCUGGACUACUGGGGGGUGGAUGAGAUCUACCUGGAGUCGUGUUGCCAGGCCCGGUACCACCAAAAGAAAGAGCAGAUGAACGAGGAGCUCAAGCGGGAAGCGGAUACUAUGAAGGACCGGGAGGGUGAAGAAUUUGAUAAUACGUGUUGUUCAGAGAAAAGGAAGAAACUCUGGGACCUACUAGAGAAACCGGGCUCAUCUGUAGCAGCCAAGAUCUUGGCCAUCAUUUCUAUCCUAUUCAUUGUGCUCUCAACUAUCGCUUUGUCUCUUAACACCCUUCCAGAGCUGCAAGACACAGACGAGUUUGGUCAGACAACUGAUAAUCCCCAGCUGGCCCAUGUGGAGGCUGUGUGCAUCGCUUGGUUCACCAUGGAAUAUCUUCUUCGCUUCCUUUCCUCACCAAACAAAUGGAAAUUCUUUAAAGGUCCUCUCAAUGUCAUCGACUUGCUGGCCAUUCUACCAUAUUAUGUAACCAUAUUCCUGACAGAGUCCAAUAAGAGUGUGCUGCAAUUCCAGAAUGUACGACGGGUGGUGCAAAUCUUUAGAAUCAUGCGGAUUUUGCGCAUACUCAAAUUGGCACGUCAUUCCACCGGGUUGCAGUCACUGGGCUUUACACUACGCCGGAGUUACAAUGAGCUGGGCCUACUUAUCCUCUUCUUAGCAAUGGGGAUCAUGAUAUUUUCCAGUCUGGUUUUCUUUGCGGAGAAGGACGAGGAUGACACCAAGUUCAAGAGCAUCCCUGCCUCCUUCUGGUGGGCCACUAUCACCAUGACCACUGUGGGAUAUGGAGACAUUUACCCUAAGACACUUCUGGGUAAGAUUGUUGGUGGGCUUUGCUGCAUAGCAGGAGUUUUAGUCAUUGCCCUACCCAUUCCUAUCAUUGUCAACAACUUUUCUGAAUUCUACAAGGAACAGAAACGGCAAGAGAAGGCCAUCAAGAGACGUGAGGCUCUAGAGCGAGCCAAACGCAAUGGCAGCAUAGUGUCCAUGAAUGUUAGAGAGGCGUUUAACCGUGGUGCAGAGCUUCUGGAUGUGGUGGUCAUGGACAAGGGUGAGAGAACCCAUGACAACCAUCUCUCACCCAGUCGAUGGAAAUGGUCCUCUAAGAGGGCAACUUCAGAGACCAGUUCCAAUCAUUCGUUCAACCCAGACCAAGGUUCACCAAGCAAGGCGGGAGCUUCUAGUCCACAGAGGCUUAAUGCACAGAAACUAGAAGAGAUGUACAACCAGAUGGCAAAGACUCAGUCACAGCCCAACCUGAACACCAAAGACAAAAAUGUAUCUCGAGCAGGUCAUAGAAGGGAUGAAAUUGAGCUGGGAGCCUUGCCAGGUCAAGGAGGCGACCCACUGAAUGGGGGUCGUGAAGGGGUGGUAGACAUGAAAAGUCUGUCAAGCAUUGACAGUUAUAUCAGCUGUGCAACAGACUUCCAAGAGAACCCACGAUUCCCCUACAGUCCAGCAGGGGGUCUGUCACUCCCAGAGAGCUCUCGGUUCUCCCACAGUCCUGGUUCUGGCCUCACUGGUCGAGUCAGUGCUAAUCCAAGCCUGCAGACCACACUGGAGCAUGAUACCAUGCUCACACCACCUUGUUCUGGUGCUAAACCUCUCAACACCGAUGGUUCGCGGCAACAAGUUCUGCUAAUAAACUCUCAGAAAAUGCAUGCGGUUAGGGUGAAUCAUCGCAAUUGUGGCGAGACCAGUCCAUCUGGUGGUCCUCUGUCUGACAGCUCUAUUCUUUCUGACCUCUCCAUCCUAAGCCCAGAGGUGUCAGUCUACACAACAGCCAGCAGCAGGACUCCACCUAAGACACCAGAGAGGAAGGCACUGACCCCUGCAGUUUUUACUUUCCAUGAUGCAUCCAUUAGCAAGUACAUCGAUGCCGACACAGAUGACGAGGAGCACUUGCGUGAGGGUGGCCCAUCAGAGCACCUGCUUGGGGGCCUCAGCUCCAAGCCUCGAAUUAGUGGUUACCAGGGGGGCACCAACCACUUGGAAGCUGCCCAAAGGCUGCUAGGUCAGAACUGCAUAUUUCCGCUGGGAAGUAGCCCAAGUGUUAGCCAUGAGAACCAUGUGGUUUCAGAGAACUCACGGAGGCCCAAAGGGGACAGGGGACAUUCCAACGCUUUUGAUAAGGGCCUCUGAGGCCUCAGGGUGGUGAGUUGGACAACGCGGAAAGAAAGAAAAUUGAAGAGGAAAAAAGGCCAAGUUCAGUAAAUGACUUUAGAGAAAGCGGAGACUAAUGUACAAUGGAGAUUAAUUGUGCAGGCAUCUGACCAGGGGGCCUACCCUGGUGACUUUAUGCGGGAGAGUUAACUGGAAAACCGUGGUCAUGUUACAUCAUUAAGGGACAGGAUCUUGAAGAUGCACCACUGCCUACACCUCUUGCCCUUUUUCCUCUUCUGUAAACAAGCCUGCAUUGGCGCAUCACAGGCGUAAGAUAAAGGCUGAGCGGAUCUGGCCUAUAGGUUUGUUUGUGAAAAGAACAGGAUUUAUGCUAAAGCUUAAAUAGCUUGAGGCUGAAAACUUACCAGACAUUUAAGCCCAGGUGUGUAUGGUAAAUCAAGGGGGACAGUCCAUCACUGCCCACGUCAGCUAGCCACUGUCCACAGCCCACCUUAAAAAUUAGCAUUAGAGACAUGUUAUACCCUGUUUACUAGUGCACCCCUCCCCUAUCCCCUAAUUAACUGGCCUUACUUAACUGCAGUUAUGGGUCUGCAUACAGUAUGAGUGUUUUGUGUGCAAGCAUAUUUGAUAUAGGGAGGGCUGAUGGUAUGAUAAUGUGCACGUAUAUAACAACCAACAUUCCUUCUAACAAAGCUCACUCACUCUUCAAAAUAUAUUCACAUCCUGUGUGAUUCUACUUGAUUUAUUUAUUUUUAUAUAGACAUGAAGAUUAUCUAUAGAAAUCUAUCCCACAUAUUUCUUGUGUCGUAUUCAUCAGUAUGAUAAAAAAAAAAUGUCAAUUGUUUAAUUGGAAGAGACCAAAAUCAGUUUAAAUUUACCUCCCCUCAUGUACCUACUAGUGUGUCAUCUUUUUUUUCUAGUAUGGCAAAGCUUAAGGGGGAUAGUUCACCAAAAACUGAAAAUUCUGUCAUUGUUUAGUCUCCCACAUUUCAUUCUGGUGACACAAAAUAAUAUAUUUUGGGGGGGCAUUGGGUAGCCACAGAUGAAACAAAUGCAUACAAGUUUGGAACAAUAUGAGGGUGAGUAAAUGAUGACAAAAUUUUCUGUGUAAGUUAACUAUACCUUUUUAAGAAAGUUACCGAAGAUACACUUGUGCUUACAUGUGUAAGGUUUUAUUACAAAAGCCCAUGUUUAUGAUUUCAUAUUACAACUACGUAGCACAUGCACAUUGGCAGCCCAAACAGAAGCAACAUUGAGAACGAAUGGACAACACAUACCUCGUCCUGCGAUGGAAAGCUAGAAUGAAUCUGACAAAGAAACUACUGAAAAACUUCAGGUCAAUUCAAGAUUUCAGUUAGAUUUACCAAUCUCAUAUCAGUGGAUACUGUUCAAACACAAACAUUUCUGAAUACAAGAAUAAAUAUAUAUUUCUAAAGUAUUUUCUAGAUGAUCAUGUCAAAUGAGGGAUAGAUGGUCUCAUACUUUUGCAUUGCCAGGGAGAGUGUUUAUUUUAAAAUAUUUGAUUUAAUACAAGGUUUUAUGGGACCUUUUUUGUCCUCAGGCUCAACAUAAACAAUGUGACCAAGAUGACCACCACUUAAUCCCAAACAUUUAUCUUUUGAUAGCGAGCUCUGUAAUAAAGUAUAUAACGCAUG